AUGGUCCUAGUCCUCAUGGGUCCCGGCCAUAGGUCCCAUGGGUCCCAGUCCUCAUGGGUCCCAGUCUCAUGGGUCCCAGUCCUCAUGGGUCCCGGUCUCAUGGGUCCCAGUCUCAUGGGUCCCGGUCCUCAUGGUCCCAGUCUCAUGGGUCCCCAGUCCUCCUGGGCCCCAGUCCCCAUGGUCCCAGUCCCCAUGGGUCCCCAGUCCUCAUGGGUCCCGGCCAUAGGUCCCAGUCCUCAUGGUCCCAGUCCCCUGGGUCCCAGUCCUCGUGGGUCCCCUGUUCUCAUGGUCCCAGUCCCUCACAGGUCCCAGUCCCCGUCGUGGGUCCCUGUUCCUCAUGGUCCCAGUCCUCUUAGGUCCCAGUCCCUGGGUCCCAGUCCCAGUCCUCAUAGGUCCCAGUCCCAUGGUCCCAGUCCCUCCUCCCAGGUCCCAGUCUCAUGGGUCCCAGUCCUCAGGUCCCAGUCCCAGUCCCCUGGGUCCCAGUCCUCAUGGGUCCCAGUCCUCAGUCCUCAGGUGGGUCCCAGUCCCCAGUCCUCAGUCCCAGUCCUCAUGGGUCCCAGUCCUCAUGGGUCCCAGGUCCCCAGUCCUCAUGGGUCCCAGUCCUCAUGGGUCCCAUCCUCUCCCAGUCCUCAUGGGGUCCCAGUCCCAGGCCGUCAGGUCCCAGUCCUCCAUGGGUCCCAGUCCUCGUGGGUCCCAGUCCGGGGUCCCCAGUCCUGGAGUCCCGUCCUCGUGGUCCCAGUUCUCAUGGGUCCCAGUCCCCUCAGUCCCCAGUCCCUGGUCCUCAUGGGUCCCAGUCCUCCUGGGUCCCAGUCCUCACGUCCCAGUCGGUCAGUCCCGUGGGUCCCCAGUCGUGGGUCCCCAGUCCUCAGGUCCCAGUCCUCGUCCCAGUCCCAGUCCUCCAGUGGGUCCUCAUCACGGUCCUCAGUCCUCAUGGGUCCCAGUCCUCGUCCCCAGUCUCAUGGGUCCCAGUCCUCAUGGGUCCCAGUCCAGGUCCCCAGUCAUCAUGUCCAGUCCUCAGUCCCAGCAGUCCCAGUCAUGGGUCCCAGUCCUCCCAGUCCCAGUCCUCAUGGGGUCCCAGUCCCCCUCAUGGGUCCCCACCAUGGGUCCCAGUCCUCAUAG